GUGUUCGAAAUUGAUGUUGGCUGUGAUCCAACUAAAUACAUUAUGGUUCGAGGAUUUAAUAGGAGCGGAUGUCAACGUCGCGAUUUCUCUUAUGUGAUCGACAAGGAACUUCUGAGAGAAAGCCUAUCUGACAAUUUGAAAGUAAGGUACGACGUGGCAAAAUAUGGCUGCCCUCUCACCCUUGAAUUGGGACAAAUGUUUCAACCUAUAGUAGAAUUGUAUGAUGAAAAUGGAUUUAUUAAAAUAGUUGACGCAAAUUUUAUCUUGUGGGAANUCCAUGGNAGGAACGACUANACCUUUAAUUCUACUAUGGAGCAG